AUGAUAUUAACAAAACUUGGUCGUUACAAUUGUUUUGACCCAUUUGGUUCAUCCAUUCGUCGUAAUUCCAACAUAUCUAACAAUAGGUCAUCUGCACACAUUUCUGCAAAAUCCGAUGAAGACCAAUUUUAUAAUUUAUCUUCUUCCUCUUCCCCAUCCACUGCUUCGUCAUUAAAUGUUAUAAUGCCGCAAGUAGCACAGACACUUCCCUCAGAAAUUUUGAUCGAAAUCUGUGAAUACCUUCAUCCAGUCGAUUUAUAUUCUUUGGCAUCUGUUUGUAAGCGAUAUAGAAACUUGUUAUGGUCAAAAUGUUCAACUACUACACAAGAAAUCUGGAAAAAUUCUAGAUUAAGAUAUGUUCCAAAUCUCUCGAUGACACCGCCUACGGAAAUGUCAGAACAAGAAUACAUUUGGUUGAUGUUGAUAUUAAAAAAAUGCAUGUUUUGUGAAGAGAGAAAUAAGUUUGAGUUAACAAUGUAUUGGGAAUUCAGAAUAUAUUGCUGUCAAAAGUGUUUGGAUGAUAGAACCGUUAGCCGUCAUACUCUGCUUAAUGAAUGGAAUGUUCAUGACUUUCUUUUAUCAUGCUUCACACAACUUCAGCGCAGUUCUAAUCCACGAGAUCCGCCUUUGUAUUUAAUUGAGAAUGUUAGAGCUACACUUAGUCAUUAUAAUCGAUUAUCAAAAGAUGAGAGACCUCAAUGGAUUAAAAACCAAGAAAAGAACAUUUCGAGACUUCAAUUAGAAAAUGAACAAUAUAACAAUAUACAUGAUCUUACGAGAUAUGACCAUACCGAAAGAUUGGAAAGGUUAUUGAAAAAACUACAUGAGUUUUAUACAUGGCCGAAACAUAGGUCAAUGUAG